AUGGAGGGCCUCUUAUUCAAUGUCGACAAUGGGUACAUCGAGGGCAUCGUCCGGGGCUACCGCAAUGGCCUUCUGACGGGCACCAACUACAGCAACAUGACGCAGUGCGAGAACGUGGAUGACCUGAAGCUCCAGCUCGGCCCGGCCUACGGCGACUUCCUCGCAUCCCUGCCGCCAAACCCGUCGACAUCGAGCCUCGCCGCAAAGACGACCGACAAGCUCGUAUCCGAGUUCCGCUAUGUGCGCGCCAACGCGGUCGGUUCGCUGGCCAAGUUCAUGGACUACCUGACAUACGGUUACAUGAUUGACAACGUGGCCCUACUCAUCACCGGCACUCUGCACGAGCGCGACACCCGGGAGCUGCUCGACCGCUGCCACCCGCUUGGCUGGUUCGACACGCUGCCCGUUUUGUGUGUAGCCACUAACAUUGAGGAGCUCUACAACAGCGUGCUCAUCGAGACGCCGCUGGCGCCCUUCUUCAAGGGCAGUCUGAGCCACCAGGACCUGGACGAGCUCAACAUUGAGAUUGUGCGCAACACGCUCUACAAAAACUACCUCGAGGACUUUUACAACUUUGUCAACACGCACCCCGACAUGGCCGGCACGCCAACGGCCGAGGUCAUGUCCGAGAUUCUCGAGUUCGAGGCCGACCGCCGCGCCAUCAACAUCACCAUCAACUCCUUUGGCACCGAGCUGUCCAAGGCCGACCGCAACAAGCUGUACCCGACCUUUGGCCGCCUGUACCCGGAAGGCACCCUCAUGCUGUCGCGCGCCGACGACAUCGACGGAGUGCGCCUGGCCGUCGACGGCCAGUCCGACUACAAGAGCUUCUUCGAGGCGGUCAACCUCGGCGGCGGCCCUGUCGGCCCUGGCAAUAUGGGCGGCGGGUCCGGGGGCUCGGACAGUCGGAGUCUCGAGGACAUGUUUUAUCAGAAGGAAAUGGAGAUCUCCAAGAACGCCUUUACGCGGCAGUUUACGUAUGCAAUUGUGUACGCGUGGGUCAAGCUGCGCGAGCAGGAGAUUCGCAACAUUACGUGGAUUGCCGAGUGCAUCGCCCAGAACCAGAAGGAGCGGAUCAACAACUACAUCAGCGUUUUCUAA